AUGGCUGAGCGCUUGUGUCGAUGCAGUACCUGCACUGCCAGUUUCCCCGACGGACAAACCAUAUCCGUCAGAACAUUUCAGCGUCACCAGCGUGAUGAACGGAUGAAUAAGGUCUUGGAGGGCGAUGCGGAAUCAAGCAACGCCUUCAUGGCAAACAUUCUCCCUGCAACUCCUACAGCCCCCUUUUUUAGCGAUCUGUCGCAGCUUCCUCAUCAUUCACGCCACAAUGUUCAAGGAAGCAGGUCGUCGUCUCCACCGCAAAGGAGAUUAUCCUCAUCACGAAGAUCUCUCUCUGUGUCACCGACGAGUCGUGAUCAGCAGGAUAGGGAUCUUAGAGCCACAUUUCGGCAGAUGGAGGACCAUUCUAGAUUCGGCGCCUUCUUGACCAUACCCCCCCGUUCGCCUUCAGAUGCUCGUCCUGCUUUAGGUCUAAGGGCACCAUCCAGUGCCCCAGGUAGCCGAUCAUCAUCCAGACGGCGGCCAUAUGACCGGCCUCCCGCCCAAUAUCACAGUCUUCCGGGGAGCCGUUCAUCUUCUCCAGUGCGAUCCAUACAGAGCCAUCAAGAACAUCGAAAUAGUCGCAGAUCACGUGGUCGCUCACCUGUUGAACAAACUUCCCUUUCCUCAGACAUACAAUCAUCCAAGCUGUCCGACCUGCGAUCGCUCUUUAUAAAUACAAGCCUUUCCAUCUCCACUCCAGAUGACCUUGUGUUUGUGACUCAUCCAGUCGCCCUGCCGAUGGUGGACAUCUCUUCGUACGAACCGCAACCUGACGGGAACGCUAAUGUACCCGGCCCGUUGGCCCUUGAUCCCGUCCACCCCCUUAACCAAGCAUUUCUUCAACUGGAAAAUGUGCUCUGUAGCCUCUUCAUCAUGGCCACGACUGCUUCCUCUGAGGAUUUGGAUGCUGCGCUGCUAGAUCAGUACAAAAACCUUGUGGAGAACCUUUCUUUGGAUCUUCGCCGCUUGACCCUUUUCAAGAAACAGGUCUGGAUCAAGUAUCGCCGUCUUCCUCACAUGGUCGUGAAUGACUCACUCGUGGUAGAUUCAAGUGUUUAUUUUCAGCACCCCCAGUACAAAUGGCACCCCAUCAAACUUGCUUCCCUCUCACUUGUUUUAGUGAUGAACCUCGUUUGCCGGCUUCCGCGCCGCAGCUGCGAACUGAUGCUUUCCGGCCUUCGAACGAUCAUCAGCCUCUUUGGCCCUUACUUCAAGUCUAGUCCGAAGCACCCCUACAUAACACACGGUCAACUCCUUGGGGAGAUACCCAAGACUCUGACAUCCGUCCUGCUUGCUUUUGAUAUCGAGCCACGAGUCCGUCGCUACAUCUGCUGCCCGACAUGUUUUGCUCUCUAUCCGGCUGUAAAACCGUACCCCGUACGCUGUACAGACAAAUACGCCAGCGACAGUCUUGAAUGUGGUGCGAAACUCCUCCGCGGACGAAAUAUCCGUGGUCAGAUAGACUUCUCCCCUGUGAAAACAUACCUACAUCAAGAUUUCAAGCAGUGGAUGGCCCGCUUUCUUUCUCGGCCGGGAAUUGAAGAACUCAUCGAAGCCACGACUACAGGAGCGCGGCAAAGAAGCGACGGGCAUGUGAUACAUGGCAUCUUACAAGCUGCAGGCCUGCGCAAUUUUGCUGGCCCUGAUGGAAAGCCGUUCCUUGAUGCUCCUCCUGGACAAAUCAGAUUGGUCUGGAGUUUUUCAGCAGAUGCUUUCAACCCGUUUUACAAUCGGGAAGCUAAACAGACCGUUUCUUCUACUGGGAUCUACCUGGUGUGCAACAACCUCCCAGAAGAUAUAAUGCAACGACCUGAAAACAUGUACUUUGUUGGGGCGGCUCCAGGUCCAAAAAAACCUUCCUUGAUUGAGUUAAAUCAUUUUGUUGAAUUGAUCGUGCAGGAUUUCUUAGAUUUCUGGAUUCCUGGGGUAACUUUCACUCGGACAGCCAAGCAUCAUGAUGGGGUACAUACACAUGCCGUCAUUGUCCCCGUUAUCUGUGAUGCUUUGGGCGCCCGACAAGCUGUUGGCAUGGGUGCUGUCACCUCAAAGUUCUUUUGCACGUUCUGUUACCUUCCGAUUCAAAAUCUUGAAAACUUUGACAAGGAAUCAUGGCCUCCACGCGACCUUCAGCGCCAUCGGGAGCAUGCGAGGAUGUGGUUAGAGGCAGAUGCUCCUACCCGCGAAGCUCUAUUCAAGCACACUGGUAUCCGCUGGUCGCCCUUUUUGAAGCUCCCAUAUUUUGAUCCCAUUCGCUUCACUGUGAUUGACACUAUGCAUAACCUGUAUCUUGGCCUCCUUCAAAGACACUGCCGCGACAUUUGGGGGAUGAAUAUUGAAUUUGAGGAUGGUGAUGGCGUUAAGAGACCGAGAGGCUCUAUACCUCCCCAACCAUCAAUCGAAGAUAUGGAGGAGGGUCGUGUCGCACUCGAGACGGGAUUCAAAACGAAAUUACGCAAUUGCAGCAAACCGGUUCUUUGGUAUCUAUGUGAGGAACUUGCCUUGCGAAGAGGCGGUAAAAAGGCCGACCUCGUAAAAGCCCUUCUGGACUGGAAAGCUUCAGACAGGGGUAGACCCACGACUGUUGACUUGAGUGCUGUUCUGGUUCCUACGAUCACUUCGGUGAUUACGCCUGACACUGAAAGGCAUCGUCUUAUCGCUGCCAUACCAACUGCGGAGCUAGAGAUGAAGAUUGACGAGGCCGAGGAACACUUUUCGAAAGGACGGUCCAUUUCCCGCAAGUCGAAGCCUGUUUUAGAAGCCAUGUGUCGGCGGAGAAAUCUUACGGUUCCAACAAAGCAUGUUAAGCAGGACCUGGUGAAAUUGUUGAUUGAUUGGCGGAAUCUCUCGGCAGACGUGACCAGACUGUCUGUGGGAACACAGGAUUCCUGGAUGUCUAGCUUCAGUUCGACGCAAGCCUCUUCGGCGCCCAGUUUUAUUUCGAGACAGGCCUCUUCCACUUCGAGCUUUAUUUCAUCAUCAACCAUUACUCAGGCUCCUUCGAUGUCCUCACCUCCACAUUUUCAAGGCGGCGUUCAGGCAGAUAACACAAUUCUCAAUCUACAGGAGCUCCCCCUUGAAGCAACAGGGCCAUUGGGGCCAUCUGCUGAUGUAAUUGAAGCAAAGUCAAAACGUGUGCAGCGGGCGGUGUUGGGAAAGACAGUUUUGACAGCAGUGGGUGAGGACCGUCAGAAAAUGGAGCUCCCAUCUUGGAUCAACCCAGCCCCAGCCCGUGCUGGUUAUACCUCACAUGGAAAACUCAGUGCAGACCAGUGGCGAACCUACUGCUCGGUCAAUCUUCCUGUGACACUCAUUCGUCUCUGGGGGAGCAAGAGUAGCGAAACUCGUGAAUUCCAAAUGCUGACCAACUUCCUCGAUCUCGUCACAGCUGUUGAGGUCGGAAGCAUGUUAAUCACAUCCCCUACGCACAUCGCCAUUUAUGAGGAGCAUAUGCAUCGAUACCUCAACGUCAUGAAGGAUCUUUACAAAGAAGUGCCAGUUGUUCCGAACCAUCAUCUGGCCCUCCACGUAUCAGACUUUCUUUCAUUCUUCGGACCUACCAUCGGUUGGCGAGCAUUUACCUUAGAGCGCUUCAACUACCUCCUUCAACGCGUUAACACGAAUAAACAUUUCGGGGAGAUUGAGAUGACGUUCAUGAAGUCAAUAUGCCGCGCAGCCAAUUUGGUGUCCCUUCUCGAUGACCCAGAAAUUCGUAAAAUGGUUGGAGACUUGUCUGAUGCCUACGCGAGAUUCGCAAAUGAGGACCAGCGAGGAACGCGCCUUCACGAUGCACUCUCCCUUUGGCGUAGAGAACAAGACAAAGGACAGGUAGCCAAGACCAAUACAACAGUAGUGCUCCCUGAAGACGUGAUCAAUGCACUCCUGCUGAAAUUGAAUAUGGAAAGUGCAACCUAUCUGCGAAAGACGGGGACCAAGGGUUUAGGCCAAUUUUAUAUCAGUGAACAGGCCUCCUCAUGCACCAAAGUUGUCGUCAGAGGCGUCACCUAUCAGCCCUAUCAAUCAUCUCCUGGCAACAGCAACAUCAUGUUCUCUCUUCCUUCGCAUAAUGAUCACCACCCCGGUCGAAUUACUCAAAUCUUUAACCACUCACGCAAAGUCAUAGGCUCUGAAGAUUUUUUGGAGGAGACUUUCUUGGUAGUCAGCCCAUUGGCACCCUUAUCGGCCGCCGUCGCGCAAUAUGACCCUUAUCGCAAAUUCCCGCAAGUCGGCGGAAUGCUGUUUCAAGCUCAGUACUGCAACAACGUCAUCGUUUGCCGUCCGUCCGAUAUUGUGUGCCACAUUCAAAAAACAACUCUGCGUGUGGAAGGGGUUGAGCAUGAAUGUUUUCAUGUGAAGGCCUUGAACCGACUACAGCAACACUUCGAAAUGGAAACUACGGCAGUUACAGUCAACUCGAUGGACAUAGCUGAAGAAGAAACAGAAGACGCGGAGGGUGAGGAUGAAGUGGAGAGCAUGGACGUGGAUAUGGGUGAUGGGAUGGAUCUAGAUUAG